UAACAUCUUGUUUUCAUUCUUUCGACGCGUGGACCCGCCUUCAUCCCUAGCUACCUCGCGUGCUUAGCCUGGUCUACUUCGCAGUCGUAAAACCGCACCACAGACGACGUUCACUUUCUUUUUUUUGACAUAUCAGACCUUUGCUUGCUAUGGCUUUUUCAUCAUUCGGCCAUUAGUAGAACGGGUAACGAGUAUUUUCGACCACCGAUUGGACCGACAACACCACGGUCCAGGCCUAUACCAGACUUAUUUAUCUUCAUUCGCUUCUUUGCAUCAUCUACAGGUAGAAAACAUGGAGGCACCAUUAGAUGCGGAUCGCAUAAGCCGAACGGCUUUGCGUAUUAUAGCAGCUUUGGCGUGGAUCUUUGCUGCGACCACUGCGGCUUUGACCUUGGUCGAUACCGUAGCUUUGGCAGAAACAUCAUAUCGCUUCUUGGCGGUAACAGCGACAGCAGCUGUCUUUGACCUGCUUAGUCUCGGUGCAAUCAUUUUGUUUGCUGCAAUCUCGCUCUUGGGUAAGGAGUGGACAUGGGCUUCUGCGAAUCGCAAGACGUAUCUCGUCCCAGGCUGCAUCAUCAUGUCGAUUCUGUCAGUUGGAUCGACUGUAGCAAGCUAUGUCUUGGUAGACAUCAACCUUGCCAAAGUCAUUGAUCAUCUUCCGGCGUGGUGGCUCAGUCCAAGCUACAUAAAAUACAUUGUUUGGGGCUUUGCGACGUUCAGCCAGGGCGUCAUGUACAUUUCCGUCUCCUGGGGCAGAUGGAGAAUGACGGGACCAACCAACAUGACACUCAACGCAGGUCCUCGGGAUUCCGUCAUCUCAAGCACCCGGACCCGGAAGCCGAAUCCGGCAACGUCACUUCAAGAGAUGGCUCGGCCAUUCGCUCGUGACGCUCGGCCAGUCUCAGCUUCAGCAUCUCGCAAAUCUUCACAGUCAUUUGACUCAUUACGUUCGUCUAUUCAGCAAGUCGUACGACCAGUCACGUCAAGAAGUCGACUUGUGAGCAAGCCGUCAACUCCUGUCGGAAGCUCGAGCUUCACGUCCGAGAAAUCAGCCGGUGAGAGACCACAUCAAUCGGAUGGAUUCGAUACGUGGGACACGUCUGCAGUGGAGCAACAUUACAGAGACGCGUUGAUGCCGUCUGCGACGUCGCCCAAUUCGAUUUCUGGCCCCUCUCGAGGCACAGCUCUUGAACCGAUACCAGGAAGUCGACCAGCCUCACCAGCAAAGCCACUGGACGGUCCAUUUCCGAGCCCGGCCGGCAGCUCACAUGAAGAUGUGGUCAUGUCUCCGAAGCCACCUCCAGCAAUAGCGCAGCUUGAGAGCCCUACGAUGAGCCAGAUGCACAUCCAUCCUCUUUUCCGGAGGGACUCACCAACGCCGCCACCAGCAGCAACGCCAGGUACCGUGAUCACGGCAGCACCGUACAGCAGCCAGCCGAUAUCGAGACCGCUCAGUCGCCGACCUACAAAAGAGAGCCUGCAUGAGGACCGAUUGAGGUCGAACAGUGGUGGCGUGAGUGUGAGUCCGCUUGGCAUUUCAUGAUUAUGGUUUAGAGGUGGGUGACAUGACUGUUGUGGGAAUAUGUAUGCGGAGCUGUAGAGAUAUGAGGUGGCUGUGCCGCCAUGUAUGAGAUAUGAGGGAUGUGGUUCUUUUCUUCUUUUGUUUAUCCACCCCUCUUGGAGCAUUGCAGGCGGGAGUAAUUAUUGGAGGCAGUCAUUCGUCGCAGGUAAUUGUGGUUUGCCGUUAUCAAGAUAUCGGAGAGGAACCAAGUAGGUCAAUGCUCGUUAGCGAGGCGCUUCUUUUUUAGGGUACAGGGAUCACUGAGGGGACUAUAACGAGAGGUGUUUUUUGGGGAAUGAUAGGC